UCUUUGGCGGGAGUGAAGAGGAAGCAGCGGAGUUUAAAGUGGUGUUUUAUGAAGAUUAUGAACACAGUUAUUGACGUAUUCAGCAACAGCUGGUUUUAGGUAGACCGGAUGGGUGUCCCUUAAGCUGAGCUUUUGAAUGUUGUGUGGAUAUUUGCGGCUGGUCGGUAGCUGAGCCAGAAACAGCGCUGACAGAUGAGGCAGUCUGGUUUAUUUGGAUCUUGGGUGCUUACAGGGCCCUAUUGACUAUUGACUGUGUAGGAAGAGACCACCAUGCCUUCCAGUUGUGCUGUCAUUAACUGCACCUCCCAGAAGUACUCCAGAAACUCUGAUGAGACUCUGUCAUUCCACAGAUUCCCUAAGGACCCUGAGCGGAGGCUGGAGUGGUGUAAUGCUGUUCGCAUGCACACUUCGGCCUUGGAGCCAUUCACUCUGUCCGAUAACAGUGUGCUCUGCAGCAAGCACUUCACAGAGGACAUGUUUGAUCGCACUGGUCAGACUGUGCGUCUACGAGACAAAGCCAUACCCUCUGUCUUCAGUCUACAAGCUAGAAAGAGAACAAAAGAUGAGGAUAAAAAAGAGGGGAUUCCACAUAAAAAGAGAAACAGUGCAAGACUGCUAAGGAAAAGAGAAAAGCAUUGGGAAGAGAGCAAUAAAGAGACCAUACAAAGCACAGCACCAGGUCUGGGAGAGUUGGCUCUGGCAGCAGAAUUGAUGGAAGAGUGUCAACAGGAGAUUCAGAAGGGCUUCCAGAAUGACCACAGUGGCCUUCCCCUCCCAUCUGACCCAGCCCGACUGUGUGGUCUGGUGCGAAAUUUGGCUAAAGAGAGACACUGGCAAGAGGAAACCCUGCUUACACUCCGCAGAGAUCUCAAAGCCAAGGACACUCAGCUGCAGGAGAAGAAGCUGCGGUUGGAGUGGAUGACACUAAAUCAGAAAGAGGUUGAUCAGUCUAAAGUGUAUUCACUGGAGAAGAUGUUGUCUGAACAGCGUCUGGAGCUGCUAAAGUUACAGGAGGAACUGGCGCGUACCAAGAAGCAACUAGAGGAAAGAACAGAGUCCUUCCAGUGGCUGGCUGCUAUCCGACAAGUCACUCCACCCUCACGUCCCAGCAUGUUCAGCGUGAAGGCUCUUUGUCGUGGGUCUGCAAAAUGGCUCCGUUUCUACACAGGCAUUAACUCGUAUGCACGUUUCCAGACACUGCUGGCUUUCCUGCAGGGCACAAGUGGAUCUGUCCUGGACUGGAAUGACCAGGAGGAGAAUGAGGGGGGUGAGGAAGAGGAGGACGAAAGAAUGAGUGAGAAAGAGGAGCAUGUGCCGCCAACUGAGCCGAAGCUUAAGGCAUCAGAGGAUAAUACAUCAACAGCAUUGCCUGUUACUGAACCAGACUGGACCCCAGAGGAGACAGCAGAGACGGUGCGUCUGCGGCUCUUGGGUACACGGCGGGCAGAUGAGGGCAGACGACAUGCUCUCAGCCCAGAGGACCAGCUCCUGCUGGUACUGACCCGCCUCCGCCUGGGCCUCCUCACUUCAGACCUAUCCUUCCGCUUUCAAGUGGCAGAGGCUACUGUGUCCCGUGUGUGGGUCCACUGGGUGGAGCUCAUGCAGAAGAGACUGCAACAGAUCCCAGUGCGUUGUAGCCCACACUACGUCUCAGUCUUCCAACCCAAACACACUCUGUCUCUUGGUUCUGGUCAACAGCUGACCAUAUUAGAAUGUGCUGACCUCCUCUGUGACUCCUCAAACCGAGAGCGACUGCAAGUAGCCAGGAGGCCAUGUCCCACCUCAGACCGACAACACUUAUCAGCACUACCCUACCGCUUCCUCUGCCAGGUCCGUGCCUGCGCUGUGGCCUCACCAAAUGGUUACCUAGGCUUCUGCAGUUCUACCCGCCUGGACGAGUGGCAGGAGCAGACAGUCAGUCAGGAUGAGACCAAAUCUGCCUCUCUGGCUUUACCUGCAUUUUUAACGGGUGGAGAGGGGUCAGAGCCUAUUGCUGGUAUGCCAGUACGAGAAGUGCUGAGUAUUAAGAGUCUGACAGAUAAAGUGAUGAAAUAUCAUUAUCUGAGGGUAGUCCAUCCUUACAGAUCAGAGACUCUACUGGACCAAACCUGGGAAGUGUGCUGCUACCUGGCCUGCCUUCUGCAUCAGCCAAUGGGGCUUCGCUAGACUCUCUAUGCCCAUCUUACUCCAUACUGUAAUAUAGAGUUUGGCAAAAUAAACACAUUCUCCAUAUCUGGCAUCGUAGCCUCUUUCUGCAGGCCCCCUAGUGGUAGCUCUGCUGCUGGAAUGGGAAUGGACUUGUAUAUUUUAAAUUAAUAUGAUGAAAUAAAAUGUUUUAUCUCUGUGAUUAGAUUAUCUAGGACAUGGUUCUCUGUAUAUAAAAUGUGAUUCUGAAUCCUCUAGGAUAUGCUGAAAAAAAUAGUACUUUAAUUGCCAAAAAAAAAUGAAAAUCUGUAAAUUUGAAAACUGUUUUGGCCAGUUGUUCAACAGCUAGGCAUUACAAUUUCUUAGAAACCUUCUUGGAUGAGUGCUACGUUUGCAGCCGAAUGUGGUGAUAAUUACCAUUCUUCAGACCUUACCCCAACGUCAUUAUGCAGUGACAACUCUGCACUAAUUCAUAGGUUAAAGGGGCAUAGAUCCACAGGCCAUGGGUAAUUUGAUUGUUGAACACUGACAGCAAAACUUUCCAUCAUAGUCCAAUAACAGUAGAGUGCUUUUGUAUUGUCUAGAAAAAAAUAGAUUUUUUAUUUGUACGGUUCCUGUCAUAAUACCAGUUUUAGCAAAAACUCAGUCUGCUGCUGUUUACAGCAAAGUGCUGACCUUGCAGGGACUUCCCCUGAAAUGAACUUGCUAAAGAGUUGUGAAAUUUCAGUUGAGCUUUGUUACAAAAAAGGCCUAACCAAUAGGAUUGGACUUUACAUUUCUUCCAGUUUUAGAGUAUAGCUUUAUUUUUUGGUUUGUUUGUUUGUUUGUUUGUUUUUGUUAUGUUUUCCAUUGUCUGUUUGGCUCAUGUCUCCCACAGUUGACAGUUAUUCUGAAGAACACUGUGCGUGGGCUACCAGUUCAUAAACUGCUCUGUAGCUAAAUUUCAUAGCUCCAGAACUGAAAGUGACUUUUGUCCUGUACCUCCUGUGCAGGUGGGUGAAUUCACGCCUGGUGGUCUCCUGCAGAGCACGUGUUGCAUGCUGCACUGCAGAGAAAUAGAAAGGAAAUGGUGGAGGUC